AUGGAGUCCAUUGCUGAGUUGGAUGAGGUUGUCUCAGGGUCGCCGCCGGUGUGGUUCGUGGUACUGCUCGCCCUGGGCCUCCACGCCGCGCUCGUCUCCGUGGCGACCUUCCUGGCCUGGCUGCACCGCGCCUUCCUCCGGCCGGGGAAGGACCUGGCCCUGCGCUACGGCGCGUGGGCGGUUGUCACCGGCGCCACCGACGGCAUCGGCCGCGCGCUGGCGCUGGAGCUCGCGCGCGGGGGCCUCCACCUCGUCCUCGUCGGCCGGAACCCCGCGAAGCUGUCCCGCGUCGCCAAGGAGGCCCAGAGGGCCGCGCCGUCCUGCAAGGUCAAGAGCGUGGUAUUCGACCUGGCCGGCGACGCGACGGAGCUGUCGCGCGGCGCGGCGAGAGUGGUGGAGGCCGUGAGGGGGCUCGACGUGGGCCUGCUGGUGAACAACGCCGGCGCGACGUACCCCGGCGCGGCCUACUUCCACGAGGUGGAGACCCCGGUGUGGGAGGCGGUGGUGCGGGUGAACGUGGAGGCGGCGACGCGGAUCGCGCGCGCCGUGGUGCCGGCGAUGGCGGCCAAGGGGAGGGGCGCCGUCGUCAACGUCGGCUCCGGGUCGUCCGUCGUGGUGCCGGCGUUCCCGCUCUACGCCGUGUACGCUGCCAGCAAAGCGUAUAUUGAUCAACUGUCUCGAAGUCUGAGCGUUGAAUACAAACGCUACGGAGUGGACGUCCAAUGCCAGAUCCCUUUGUAUGUGGCGACCAAGAUGUCCCCCGUUAAGGGCGACUCUCCGUUCAUACCAUCGCCGGAGGAGUACGUCAAAGCUGCCAUCCGUUCCAUAGGCUAUGAGCCGAGGUGCGUUCCCUACUGGCGCCACUCGAUCCAGUGGUUCUUGGCGUCUCUGAUGCCGGACUCUGCUCUCAAUCUGUGGCGUCUCCAAGUUGGUAUACGGAAGAGAAAUGAGAUGAGAGCUCUGCUGGGACAAAAGGAGCUCAGCUGA